CACACACACACGGUUUUGAAUUAUUGUCUUGGGGACUUUUAGGAUUCUGAUGGCUUUAGAUUUAUGUUUAGAUAUCGUCACCAAGAGGCGCGCACACUCGACUGAUACAAGCUGUUAUCAGGUAUAUAAAUCUAUCCAGUUGCGAUCAUUUAGUUUUUACUGGAGCCGCUUAAAGCCUUUCUCGUUCUUUGUGUGUGUGCUUGUGGCGUGGCGCAUGCGCACUCCCGCCGUCCAGCUGUCUGCGCGGCGCACGGCGCGCUGCUCUCCGCUGCUCCCCGCAUCUCCAGCAGAGUUGAUCCGCGUCCUGACCGACCGUGAUGGACGGACGGACGGACGAUCGGUGACUGAUCGCACCGGACCGUCACUGUUGACCAGCUAUUGAUCAGUGAUCGGCGGCUGCGGAGUGUGCGCGCGCGGAGUUGAGCGCGUCAGACCAACAGGACUCCACUUUCUUCAUCCAUCCAUCACCUUCUGGUUCUCCGCCAUGAAGACGCCUCUCAGCCCCUCUCGGCUCCUUGAGAGCGGGCAGGUCUUGGCCUUUGGUGGCAUCUGUCCGGAGCUGGUGAAGACGCACGCGCCUGCGCCGCCGUCCUCAGGUCAGGGCGGCGCCUACUCGCUGUGCGAGGUGUGCAACCUGCAGCUGACCUCCGCCGCUCAGGCCCAGCUGCACUACAACGGCCGGUCUCACCUGCGGAGGGUGAGACAGCUCCAGUCAGGAGAGGGGGGGCCGCAGCGAGCUGCAGGGUUUCAGACCACGUCUCUUCCCCCGGCCACGGGGCUCAACUCUCAGCCUGCUGGAAUAACUCCAGCCCUUGGCCUCAGUCCAGGUCUUAGUGCUCCGUCCAGCUCACCAGCAGGAAGUGGGUGUGGCGCGGCGCUGCCCGGCCUCAUCGGUGCCUCUGGUCCGUCGCUGAUGAUGAAACCGUUCCUGCCGUUUCCCGUCGAGACGCCGUCGCCCGUUGGUUUCUUCCCAAACUUCAACACGAUGGACCCGGUGCAGAAGGCCGUCAUCAACCACACCUUCGGAGUUACCAUGGUGCCCAAGAAGAAGCAGGUCAUCUCCUGCACCGUCUGCCAGCUGCGCUUCAACUCCGACUCUCAGGCCGAGGCUCACUACAGAGGCAGCCGGCACGCCAAGAAGCUGAAGUCUCAGGAGAACAAGGCCAAAGCCAAGCUGUCCGUCAACGAGGAGACCAAUGGUAGUCCGCCGUGUCCCGCCCCUGAUGUCACCGCCAACAGCAGCACCCGACACACAGAACUCCUAUCCAGCAUCACGGACCCCUCCUCCCCUCUGAAACCCUUCCUCCUGCCCUCCUCCCUGCCUUUCUCCUCCUCCUCCCCCUCCUCCAGCAGAGCGGGCAGUGAGCCCCCUCCCUCCAGUCCACCUUUGGCCCUCCCCGCCCCCGGCCUCUCCUCCUCCUCCUCCUCCUCCUCCUCCGCUUCCUCCAAAGCGUCUCCUCCUCCUCCCCCUCGUCCGUCACCGGUCGCCUCCUCUCCGUCCCCCGCUCCCCCUACUCCUCCCACCUCCUCCUCCCAGGACGCCCCUCUCUCCCUGGAGUCGGAGGAGGAGAAGGCGAAGAAGCUGCUUUAUUGCUCCCUGUGUAAAGUUGCCGUCAACUCUUUGUCUCAGCUGGAGGCUCAUAAUGCAGGUUCGAAGCACAAGACGAUGCUGGAGGCUCGGAGUGGCGCCGGUCCGAUCAAGGCCUACCCUCGACCCGGAGCCAAGCUAAAGAACGGCGCCGGCGCCGGCUCCAGCGUGAAAGGCUCCGGGUUGCAGAACAAAACCUUCCACUGUCAGAUCUGUGACGUCCACGUCAACUCGGAGAUCCAGCUCAAACAGCACAUCUCCAGCAGGAGGCACAAGGACCGAGUGGCAGGAAAACCCACCAAACCCAAAUACAGCCCCUACAACAAACAGCAGCGCGGCUCACUCACUGAGCUGGUGAAGCCCUCCCUCUCCCCCUCCUUCCUCUCCACUCCCUUCGCUGCUCCUCCCUCCUCUCUAACCUCAUCCAUAUCCUUGUCCCCCUCCCCCCUCUCCACCUCCCCCCUGCUCACUCCCACUUCCUCCCCCCUCACCCCUACCAUCUCGCUGCAUCCGCGGCCUCCUUCCUCGUCCCUUUUCGCUGCCUCCUUCCUGCGUCCGGCUCCGGGACCAAUCAGAGCGAGCCAAGGUUCCAUUCUCUUCACGCCGUACUGAUGUUGGCCGUGGUCCUGGAGACGCGUGGCCAGAGUCUAGGAGACGUCAGCUCUGCCCGCGUGGAUGUGGACGUGUUUUAACGACCUACAGACUUGAACCUAAAGUAAAGCAGAGGCUGGAAAACCAAGAUCUAUCUACGGAGUCACGGACAAA